GUAUUUAUAUCCUUCCGGAACUCGUCCAUCAUCUUAGUCCCUCUCAUUAUACCUUGUUCGCUGUCCUCUCUGCAUCUCCUUCAUUGCCUUGAAUAUGAUUACCACAGCUGUAACAAAGAUACUAGGAAUAAGUGUUCCUAUAGUGCAAGGCGGUAUGCAGUGGGUAGGCGUGCCUCAGUUGGCCGCAGCUGUAUCAGAGGCAGGGGGUCUUGGAAUUCUCACUGCGCUAACGCAACCGAGCCCUGACGCUCUACGCGAUGCCAUUAGACAAACGCGUAAACUCACGUCCAAGCCGUUUGGCGUGAACAUCACGCUGUUGCCUAGUAUAAACCCGCCAGACUAUGAAGGCUACGCAAGAGCCGCCGUGUCCGAAGGCGUUCGUAUCUUUGAAACGGCGGGAAACAACCCUGGACCCUUGAUCAAAUUCUUCAAAUCUGAAGACUGUGUGGUACUGCACAAGUGUACGACCAUACGGCAUGCCAAGGUUCGUGAUUCUACGCAACCCACUGUCAAUCCCGUGCUGGUCCAUCCGGGGGAAGAGGACAUUGGCGGCUUGGUAUUGGAACUCACAGUCCCAUAUAUCGCAUCCGGUGGUAUUGCCGACGGGCGAGGUCUCGCUGCAGCCCUGGCUCUUGGUGCUUCGGGCGUUAACAUGGGCACUCGCUUCAUGUGCACGGUAGAAAGGUCGGUUGUUUUCUUAAAAAUUCAUUCCCAAGAACCUGGCGAAUAACUGCCGGUUUCCCAGUCCGAUCCACCCCAAUAUCAAGGACCAGAUCGUUGCCUCGAAAGAAACGGACACAGUCCAUAUUUUCCGUACGCUACGCAACACUGCCAGGGUCUUUAAGAACAAGAUCUCAAUGGAAGUAGUGGCCUUAGAGCGGCGUCCUGGAGGCGCGAAGUUCGAAGAUAUUAGAGAUCUGGUUUCAGGGACAGAGGGGUAAGAUGGUCUAUGAGAAUGGGGAUCCAGAUUAUGGCUGUAUGGAGUGCAGGUGUCACUGUAGGACUUAUCGACGAUAUUCCCACCUGUAAAACUCUCCUCGACAGGAUGGCAACGGAGGCAGAGGGGAUCAUUGGGGGCUUGAAUGCCGCGGUUAUACGAGCCAAGU